GUGGGCGGGGCGUAGUUGCGGCUGAGGACGCCGAAGGAGCCGUGGGGUCUGGUGGCAGACCCCGAUUUUCAAGAGAGCCUCGGGCCGACCGCUUGUCACCUCGGAGCUUUUCUUGGAGGGCGCGGCCGGCCGUGGACCUACAGUGAUGGCUACAAUGGAAGGAAUCAGCAAUUUCAAGACACCAAACAAACUAUCUGAGAAAAGGAACUCCGUAUUAGGUUCAACUCCACAUAUAAAUAUCCCUGCCUCUCCAUUUAUGCAGAAGCUUGGAUUUGGGACUGGGGUCAAUGUUUACCUAAUGAAAAGAUCUCCAAGAGGUAUGUCUCAUUCUCCUUGGGCUGUGAAAAAAAUAAAUCCUAUAUGUAAUGAUCAUUAUCGAACUAUAUAUCAGAAGAGACUAACUGAUGAAGCAAAGAUUUUAAAAAACCUUAAUCAUCCAAACAUUAUAGGUUAUCGAGCUUUUACUGAAGCCAGUGAUGGUAGUCUGUGCCUUGCUAUGGAGUACGGAGGUGAAAAGUCUCUGGGUGACUUAAUAGAAGAGCGAAACAAGGACAGCGGCAAACCCUUUCCAGCAGCUGUAAUUUUAAAGGUUGCUCUGAGCAUGGCAAGAGGGCUAAAGUAUCUGCACCAAGAAAAGAAGCUGCUUCAUGGAGACAUAAAGUCUUCAAAUGUUGUAAUUAAAGGUGAUUUUGAAACAGUUAAAAUUUGUGAUGUAGGAGUCUCUCUACCACUGGAUGAAAAUAUGACUGUGACUGAUCCUGAGGCCUAUUAUAUUGGUACUGAGCCAUGGAAGCCUAAGGAAGCUUUGGAAGAAGAUGGGAUUAUUACUGACAAGGCAGACAUAUUUGCCUUUGGCCUUACUCUAUGGGAAAUGAUGACUUUAUGUAUUCCACACAUUAACCUUCCAGAUGAUGAUGAUGAAGGGGCAGAUACAACUUUUGAUGAAAGUAACUUUGAUGAUGAGGCGUACUAUGCAGCUCUGGGAACCAGGCCACCUGUCAACAUGGAAGAGCUUGAUGAGUCCUACCAGAAAGUGAUCGAACUCUUCUCUGUGUGCACUAAUGAAGACCCCAAGGACCGCCCUUCAGCUGCACACAUUGUUGAAGCUCUGGAACUUGAAGUUCAGUGAUUGAUUAUGGUGGUGUUAGAAUGAAGUAUGCCUUGUGUGGCAACUGUGUGUAGCUAGCAUGACCUGGUUAUUAAACCCUUGAAGUCGUUUAUUUUGGACUGCUGUUCAUGGUUAACAUUUGAAUAACAUUUUUAAAGAAGGCUAUUUCUUAUAAGCACAUAGUAUUGUAUUAGGUUUUCUGUGAAGUUUAAAAAAUUAGCUACAUAGACACAUAGAUACUGCUCACAGACUUGAAGCACUAGCAUUCAAAUGUAACCUGUCUCUGAAUUUGAACUGAAUGACUUAUUUUUAUUAGGAGCUUUCACAGAUGUAUUUUAGUGGAUCUCUAAAAUUUGCAUUUUAUUCAGUAUAAAAGAAGUCGCAUUUGUUUAUAUUACGAAUCAUCAAUUUUGGCUGGCCUGUCUUGGCUGAUGUGCUUACUGAAUGUUCACUGGAACCCAAGAAAAAGUCAAAAAGAAUAGUUCCUUGGGUAGUCCUACACCUGGAUAUAGCUUGUCUUGUUGUCUUAGAUCUCUUGGAUCUUUAGUGUUUGCCUUAAUUUAUUAAUUUUUUGUACUAAGAUUACUUUAGUUUUUAUUUGCUAACCCUUAAACAUUAAAAGUUGUGAUAUAAGAAUAAAUCAGACAAUAUACAAUAAAAGAUAGUUUUGUUA